ACACAACAAACAAUGAAAUGAACUUUAUUAAGAUCUUCUAACUCCAACCAAUUAUAAAGGUACAUCUAAUGACACCGUUACGCUUUCAUACGAAUGUUAGUCUUAUUUCAUUUUGAAUGCACAAUGAUUUUAUAAUUCAAUGGCAAAAACAGCCUGAAAGAGAACUUUCUUGUUAACUGGGUUAACUAAUUUUAUUGCAAACAGUCACAACAACAUGUAUAUGCAACAUAAAUGUAAUAAGAAAGCCAAACAAUAGCACACUUGACUAUUUGAAACCACAAAAUACCAAAAGCUUAUGAAGAGUUUGAAAGCAUUCAGUUCCUGACAGACAUGUUUACAUGCCAAACUUUCAUCAAGAUCUGUAAGUGAAAAGGGGGCAUAAUAUUUGAACAAGAGGACCAUGAUGGUCCUGAAUCGCGUUUAUUUAGGCAAGAAUUAAUUUUGGUUUUUGUCAUGAUGACAACAAUAAUAGACGCUUAUGUCAUUCGUAAGCAAAUUAGCCUUAGAUCAAGGGAAGUAACAAAGUAUAAUUGAUGUGUAUUUGGAAUCUUUCGGUUUUAACCGCACAGUUUUUUGUCGGUGACGUCACAUCACUAUUCGGAGUCAUUCGGGCAGUUCACAUGUUUCGAUCAGCUGGUGUAAUAGACACGAAAUUAUAAUUAGUUUAUCUUAUUUCAUCCGAUAAAGUUACAAUGCCUGGCCGGGGAAGAGGCGUUCGUAGGAAAGCAAGGAACCCUACAACUGCCAAGACAGUUUUUUGUCGGUGACGUCACAUCACUAUUCGGAGUCAUUCGGGCAGUUCACAUGUUUCGAUCAGCUGGUGUAAUAGACACGAAAUUAUAAUUAGUUUAUCUUAUUUCAUCCGAUAAAGUUACAAUGCCUGGCCGUGGGAGAGGCGUUCGUAGGAAAGCAAGGAACCCUACAACUGCCAAGAGGCAAUGUAUUGAUCUGCCAGAAGCGCCGGAAUCUGAUGAAAAUACAGCUCAACAGGUUCAGGGACUUAGCUCCAGAAGCAGAACUCGAACCAUGUCCGGUCCCAACCCAUCUGUGGAAUGUCUUCAAUCCAGAGCAAAGCAACUGUUGAAUGCCAGUUUAUCAGCUAACACCUUGGGUACAUAUAGAACAGCAUUAGUCACAUUUCAAGACUUUUGUAGUGUAUACAAAUUGAAGUUACAAUGGCCAAUAACUCAGAAUCAAGUAAUAUUGUUCAUUUCAUUCUGUUUUGAAAAAGGGCUUUCUCCAAACACAAUAUCAACUUAUGUAGCAGGUAUAACUUAUUAUAAUAAGUUAAAUGAAGGGUCAGAUUUUGGCGAGGUAUUUAUCAUUAGGAAACUGUUGGAAGGUUGUCGUAGGUCUAGGAAAAGAAGGGACCUUAGAGCCCCUGUCACUUUAAAAAUUUUAACCGAAAUCUGUUCCUUGUUACCAAUAAUUUGUUAUGAUGUUUUCGAGUCCAAGUUGUUCAAGGCUAUGUUUGUACUAGCAUAUUUUGGUAUGUUCAGGGUGAGUGAAUUAGUGGUGACAAAUCAGUUGGAGCUUAAUAGACCUGUGCAGUAUCAAGAUGUUACAUUCCAAAGUGAUAACACACAACUAACUAUAGUGCUGAGAAUGUCAAAAACAAAUCAUUCUAAUGCGCCCACAACAAUUAGGAUUAAAUGUGAAAAUAAUGAUAAGUUGUGUCCUGUAUGUGCACUUAAUGAUUAUAUUGUGGUAAGACCGAAAAUUAUUGGUCCGUUAUUCAUACAUGCCAAUAUGAAACCAGUUACCAGAUGUCAAUUUUCUGGUGUAUUAUCUAAAUGUUUGUGUUCUUCCAGUUUUGCCAGUGAAAAAAUUCGAUCACAUAGUUUUCGAAUUGGUAGAGCAACUCAGUUAGCAACAAUGGGUAUCCCUACAGAUGCAAUUAUGAAGUUAGGUCGUUGGCACUCUGGAGCCUAUAGGCGUUACAUACGUUUAUAGAUCGAAAUAGGUGUGAGGCAAAUGCUUUUAUGUUUCGUAAAUCUUCUUCUGCAGAUAUCUGGUUGUGCGGUGAUUCAAUUGUACAUUGGGCCGGUGUCCAGGCAGUGAAGACAGGCAAACCAGAUCUGAAACUUGAUAAAAAGGUGGGCUGGUAUGGUAUAAGGGGAAUGUCCUGGUCUUCGUUUAUUCACAGCCUUCAGCUAAAGAUAGCUUUUCAAAAGCCCCCUAGUAUUUUUAUGAUUCAUUUGGGUGGCAAUGAUGUGAGCAAGUUUUCUCUGUGUCGUAUUUUCAAUUUAAUAUCCAAAGGUUUGAAUUAUGUGGCAUCAACUUUUCCGGAGUGUGUUAUCAUUUGGUGUGACAUCUUGCCAAGGUUAAAUUGGGGUACUGGUCAAAUUUAUAAAAAAGCAGAUGGCAAAAGACGGCGUAUUAACAGGUUUGGUCGCCAAAAAGUUCUUGCUUUGCCCAAGGGCGACGUGUUGUCCAUAGACAUUGACACUGAUACCCCCGGAUUUUAUCGUUUAGAUGGGGUGCAUUUAUCACUGGUGGGGCUUGAAUAUUUUUUAGACGCUUUAAAAGACAAACUAGUUUCGCGGCUUUGAAUUUUGGGGGAUAAAUUUAUUUUGUGAAUGUGAAGUUGUAAUAAAUUUAUUGUGGCGGAAAAUUCUGGCAGCCGGGGAUCAUUUUUUGUAAGGUAUAAGGAAAAACAGUAUUGAAUGCAUUAUUUUUGGUUUGAUGUAUAAUUGAGCAAUUAUUUUACUGGGUUGUUGGUCCGCUUCGGCGGAAUGUUCAAUGAUCUGGUGAACUUGCUCGAUUACAUUUCAAAAUUUAGUUUUUUUCUGUGAGCACUGGGUUUUGCCCACAAGUUGUUGCUAUACUUGGUAUCUCCUAGGUGUCUCUUUGGCAUUAUAAUUUUUACAUGGAUAGGACAUUACAGUGCUAAAUAUAGCUAUUGCCAUUAAAAUUUUUGCUAUUGUGCACCGGCUAAUUGCUAUUGCCUGAUUAAUUGCUGGGUGCUUGUCACUGCCGAAUAAUUCUAUAGUGUUAGCACAAAAUUGGUUUUUGUCGACCGAAAUGUUGCUAAAUUAUUGUCCAAGUAUUAUGCAAGACAGAUACAUUGUGUUUUGCUAUUGUCUGUGGCAUAUUGUAUGGCCGAAAUAUUGCUAAAUUAUUGUCCGGAUAUUAUGCGCGACACAUACAUUGUGUUUUGCUAUUGUAUGUGCCAUAUUGUAUGGCCGAAAUAUUGAUAAAUUAUGUCCGGAUAUUAUGCAUGACAGAUACAUUGUGUUUUGCUAUUGUCUGUGCCAUAUUGUAUGGCAAAAAUAUUGCUAAAUUGUUACGAGUACUUUACGCGUAUUGUGCGCGGAAGAAUGAUUAAGUAACAGUUAUUAAACGGUGGCAUGUGUAUUGUACACACCUGGAUUUUUGCUAUUAUUAAAGUAUUAUCCUUCAUUGUGAAAAUUUUUAAUUUUGCACGACAGAAAUAUUAUUUAGUCUUGCUAAUUUAUUGUACUGAUUUAGUGCAUGGCAAAAACAUAGCUAAUUUCAAGUUUACUUGAGGGUGUCGGCAAUUUUUGGUCCUCGGUUGUUAGAAUUUUCAUUACAUUUUCUUGGCCUGGGUCACAGCGUGUGACAAAAUUCAGGCUAAAACAAUUAUUGUCAUAAAGAUGCGGCCAUAAACUAUCCAAACUUGUGUUAGGGAUUUUAUUAAUGUCUUGUUAUUGAUAACAAAGUAUUAUGCAAUAUGUUUUUGUGAAUCAGUUUCAAAUAAUUAAAACAGGUUUUGCAAAGAAUUCUGGUUUAUUGUGUAUAAUUCAAGUCCUUAAAUAAUACCGAUUAUUUUCUGAAUAGAAAUAACUCGCGUUUAUUUAGGCAAGAAUUAAUUUUGGUUUUUGUCAUGAUGACAAAAUAAUAGACGCUUAUGUCAUUCGUAAGCAAAUUAGCCUUAGAUCAAGGGAAGUAACAAAGUAUAAUUGAUGUGUAUUUGGAAUCUUUCGGUUUUAACCGCACAGUUUUUUGUCGGUGACGUCACAUCACUAUUCGGAGUCAUUCGGGCAGUUCACAUGUUUCGAUCAGCUGGUGUAAUAGACACGAAAUUACCACCCACCACACCCUUCACAUACAUAUGGAUAUAUAUAUAUAUAUGUAUUAUUAUGUGAUAAACCAUAACAUGAUAUAUUGACUUUGUUACUUUUACAAAGAUACUGCUGUCAGUUAUAUAUUUUCAGGCUGCCAAAUUGUGAGGUCUGAUGUUGCCUGGUGAUGACCCCUACCUUUAUGGAACAUAUUCAGCCGUUCUGGUUGCAGACCUGUUAUUCAACCAGGACAUGUACCUAAUUACAAUACUGGGAAUUUCAAUUUACAUUCAGUCGAUUUGUGGUCAUCAGGAAUCUCUAGAAUUUGAAAGUCUAGAAAUUUAGUUCCAUAGGGCGUCAUCAUAGUACAAAACUUAUAGACAUCAGAGAUAUAUCAUACUCAUUAUAUCGGUUGGCAGCAUAAAUAAACUUUUCCUUUGUCGAGGCAACAGCAGAGCAAUAUUUGUAUCUAUAUAAAUGAAAAAGGAUUUCGGAUAGAUCGGAGCUAUAUCGGGCUUGAAAUAGCAGUUAGCAGCAUAAUUAACGUUCAUUUGCGGAGGCUGCAACAGAACAAUAUUCUUAUCAAGCAACUACAGACUUCGUAUAUACCAAAGCGGUAUCGGGCUUAUUACAUUGGUUAGCAGUAUAAAUAGCAAUUUCAUUUGCGGAGGCAGCAAAAGAACAAUUUUCUGGUCAAUCAAAUACAGAUUUUGUAUAUACCUAAGCGAUAUCAGGCUUAAUACAUCAGUUUGCAGCAAUAUAAACUUUUAAUGUGUGAGGCAGCAAUAGGACAAUGUGCAUAUGAACCAAAUAACUUAGUAUAUAACAGAGUUAUGUGAGGCUGGAUAUAUCCGUUAACACUGUAUAAAUUUGGGUAAUAUCAGUAAACGGAUCUUAAGAGGUAGCAACAACAGAACAAUUUUCAUAGCGGUAUUGUAGGCAUGAACAUUUAGGUGGAUUUUAAUUCGCCUUUAGUAACGUGUUGAACCUAAGAGUGUGGUUUGAGACAGAUGAUACAUUGGAUGUUCGGGCAUUCUAUAGACAGAAAAUGUGUUAUGAACAAAAAUGAACAACACAAUUUUGUUUUAGUAUGUUUAUUAGGCAUAAUACAUACGGUGUUUCGAGCAUUUUAAUUCAGUAUCAGAAUAGACAUUUUAUUAAUAUGUGUGUUAUUAUUUUGUUUUGUUAUUCGAGUGCUUAAUUAUUUCUGUUGAAACUGUUUUAUAUUGAAACUCCUGAAUUAUUGAAUUUUUAAUGUUAUCAUGCUUGCAUGUGCAAGCAUUGUUUACAAACAAACAGGUAUUAACUACGUGACAUUGCUGAAAUUGAUGAAUAUUAAGAAGUGUUGUUUUGUAGGGUGUUCUUUAGCAGUGUUAUAAAUCAUAUUUUAACCGUAAUUUGAAGUAAAGGUACCUGUCGCAUCUUAACUGAGGAUUCUGACGACUGAGGGUCAUUUGUGCUUGUACACUUAGUCGACAUUUGCUUUCAUGGCCUAUAAUAUUAGGUGGGAUAUUCAUGGAAGUGGAUGUUUGUAUUAACUUGAUUUCGUUAGGUAAUAAUCUAGCAAUACUUUGCUGGGUUGUUGGUCCGCUUCGGCGGAAUGUUCAAUGAUCUGGUGAACUUGCUAGAUUACAUAAAAUUCUGGCAGCCGGGGAU